AUGAUAAAUGAACGAAUGAUGCAUAGAAAAAGUCUUAUAGGUGGUCUUUUACGUGGAGUACGUCUCUUGACUAAUCUUAAACAUCAACAUAUAAUACAGUUAUUUGGUAUUUGUUCAUCAUUAUCAACAAAAAAGCGUUAUCUUGUUAUGGAAUUCGUACGAGAUGUUGCAUUAAAUUCUCUCUUACAAAAAGGAAAAUCUGGUCUUUAUCCAAAUGUAUUUAUUGAAUAUGCUGAAAACAUUUCUGAUGGAAUGAAAUAUUUACAUGAUGAAGCAUCUGAACAUGUUAUUCAUCGACAUUUAAAAUGUUCAAAUAUUGUUUUAGUUCUCAUUUUACAACCAAUUGAAGAUAUUCAUCAUGAUAAUGGACUUUUAUAUAAAACAUUCAACAUUAUAGAUUUUCGUCUUGCAAAACAUCAAGCAUGCCAGCUGAUGGAACAUUUUCUUAGAUGA